GCGUACAAUUGCAUUCUGAAUAGUAAAAACUUUUUGUCAAGGGCUAGAGCUGGGUUGGCGUGUAAAGUUGAACGUCUUUUACACAUUUAAUCUUCUGUCAGCUUUUUCUUCUCCCUUCACUGCAGCAUUGCAUCGAUAGAUCAUAAAUCAAUGGUGCGGAAGAGGCUAGCUUCCGAGCUGGAAGGCGAUGAAUGCCACAAUAGAUUUGUGGGCCGCCGGACAAGUGAUUUAAAUCAUCUCCUGGAUGAAACCAGUGGUCUCCAUGCUGCAGCAGGUGUAGUCAUCAACAAUGAUAAUUAUAAUAAUAACAAUAAUAAUAAUAAUCCCAAUUCUUCUAACCACGCACAAAUUGCCAACCACUCCACCAACGUGAUGUUAUCUUCCUCAGCUAUCAACACAAACGCUUGUACUAGUAGUACAAUGGACGGAUCAUCUCAUCAAUCUGCUUCCCCUUCCGUUUGUGUUUUCUCGGGCCUGCCCUUGUUUCCGCCAGUGCUGCAGCAGCAGCAGCAACCGCUGUUAUCUUCUCCAACUAAUAGUUCAAUUGGAACUCAAGUUGGUGGUAUAAAUAGUCAUAGUAAUAGCAGUGCUGCAAUGGUAUGGAUCGAUGGCAUCAUCAAGGAUCUUAUUCACACUUCCUCCUCUGUCUCAAUACCCCAGCUUAUCCAAAAUGUUAAAGAAAUCAUCCACCCCUGCAAUCCCAGCCUUGCCGCACUACUUGAGAGUAGACUCCGCACUUUGACCACUACCACAAUGGAUCCAGACUAUUUCACGACGACGAGAAAGGAAACAUCAUCAUCAUCGCCCAUUAUUAGAAAUUCCCACUAUCCUCCUCCUCCUUACCAUAAUCUUCAAAUGGCAACAGUCGGGCAACCCCAAUUGCAUCAGGGUCAGGGAUCCUCAGCUGCCCCCCCAACUGGUCUUGCAGUAUAUCGAGGGGAUGUAGAAGAUAACAUUGCGGCUUCUGUCAACCAUUACAACAACAAUUGGGGACUUCCACAAACCGCGACUGGCGGCAGUAAUGAGGCCAUGCCUACUGACCAUAUUCCUGUCAUGUUCCCAAACCAAAUUAAGAUGCAUGAGGACUCUCAACUCCAACAGAUUGAGACGCUGCCACCUCCUCCAGCAGCAUCUGAUGCAUCACAGGUCAUGGAUGAUGCGGCAGUCAUAAGGGAGAAGAGAAAACAAGAGAUAAGACAGCUGAAGAGGGACGAAGAAGGUCUGCACCUGCUCAAACUACUCCUGCAGUGUGCGGAGGCCGUCUCUGCAGACAAUUUUGAGGAGGCCAAUACCAUGCUAUUGGAAAUUUCAGAACUGUCCACACCUUUUGGAACGUCCGCUCAAAGGGUGGGCGCGUACUUCUCAGAGGCAAUGUCGGCCAGAUUAGUUAGCUCCUGCUUAGGAAUCUAUGCUUCUCUUCCCGCAACAGUGGUGCCUCUUCAUGGCCAGAAAGUGGCCUCAGCCUUCCAGGUUUUUAAUGGUAUCAGUCCCUUUGUUAAGUUCUCGCACUUUACUGCAAACCAGGCCAUACAGGAAGCUUUUGAGAGGGAGGAUAGGGUGCAUAUCAUAGAUCUAGACAUCAUGCAAGGCCUCCAAUGGCCGGGACUCUUCCAUAUCUUAGCUUCUCGACCUGGAGGACCUCCUUCUGUUCGACUCACAGGUUUUGGCACUUGUAUGGAGGCUUUAGAAGCCACUGGUAAGCGCUUGUCGGACUUUGCUGAUAAGUUAGGGCUCCCAUUUGAGUUCUCCCCGGUUGCUGACAAAGUUGGGAAUCUAGAUCCUGAAAGAAUUAACGUGAGCAAAAAGGAGGCAGUUGCGGUUCACUGGUUGCAGCAUUCACUCUAUGAUGUUACAGGCUCUGAUGCAAACACGCUUUGGCUCUUGCAAAGAUUGGCCCCAAAGGUAGUGACUGUGGUAGAGCAAGACCUGAGUCACACAGCCGAUUCCUUCUUGGGAAGGUUUGUGGAGGCCAUACAUUACUUCUCUGCAUUGUUCGACUCUCUGGGAGCAAGCUAUGGGGAGGAAAGCGAGGAGAGGCAUGUGGUGGAGCAGCAGUUGCUAUCGAGGGAGAUAAAGAAUGUCCUAGCUUUGGGGGGUCCUUCAAGGAGCGAAGGUGGUGAGUUGAGAUUCAACAACUGGAGGGAGAAGCUUCAACAAUCUGGAUUCAAGGGAAUCUCUCUGGCUGGGAAUGCAGCCGCACAAGCCACUCUCUUGCUUGGGAUGUUCCCUUCUGAUGGUUACACCUUGGUUGAGGAUAACGGCACUCUCAAACUUGGUUGGAAAGAUCUUUGCUUGCUCACAGCUUCUGCUUGGAAACCACUUUACAACUAAUUAUUAUCAUCUAGCUACCUACCUACUUCAUUCACCCAUUACUUUCUUCUGUAUGUAGCGUAGGUAGCUUUUUUUCUCAAUUUAUGAAUAUCAUAGACGAGGCUAUAAAUCUCGUAGAGCUGCCUGACGCCUGUUGUCAAGUUGUAUUGUCAUAGUCUUAGAAUGAAUUUUGAAAGGAUGAA